UUCAUAUCUCUGUGAAAUCUACUCGUCCAUGAUAAAUAACGGAUCCCCGUCUGAUCCUAGUUUGAAUGAGUCUGUCGAGAGGUUUAUUCAUUGGAGGAAAUUGAAUGGGCAACGUAGGCGCUCCUCUUGAAUGGGAAAAUAGCAGAGGGGAAAAAACGGGCUGAGCCACACACACACACACACACACACACACACACACACACACACACACACACACAGCAGACUGACAGUAUCCAAGCAGCGGCUGCUGAGACACACACGCACGGACUGAGUCUCUUGAUGCAGCCACAAGAAGGACUUCAUUAUCAUUUUUUGGAGUAAACGCAUUUUCGUCAUCAGGAGUUUUUUUCAUUACAGGAUUCGCGUCAUUGCAAGCCGUGCGCGCAUUCCUCAGCAGGAUUUGCGCAUCUCCAAUCGCAAGUUGUUUUCUGCUCUCCGAGAGAUCGUUGUUUGAAUUUUCUUCCCCAGCAGAAAGCUCUCAUAGUCAUGCUCGAGCGGCGACUGGCGAAGCUUUUCAUCUGAAAUUCUUGUAUUUAAAAAAAAAAAUGGAACAACAGCUCUCUAAACCAGAAUGCAAAAACAUGGAUGCGUGUCUGAGGCGACUGAAGCAAGAACUGCUGUGUAUGAAAGAAGCCGGAGAUGGCCUCCACGCUCAGAUGAAUUCAAUGAUGGGAGCCCUUCAGGAACUCAAGCUCCUUCAGGUUCAGACAGCACUAGAAAACCUCGACAUUUCUGGUCGGCAUAUUAACCGAGGACUCCCACAUCCAGCGCCACCAGAUCCUCCUGAAGCAUUAGCUACAGCGGCUUCAACCUCAGGCAAGGGUCGCGGGUCCUGCUUUAGCCAAAACAUGCUCGAGGAGGCCAGCCCGAGUUCGAUGCCAAGUCCGAGGCCGUCUCAGGAGAGCAGAAACACCUUCAGCCGUGAUGACAAGAGCCUCUCUCGAAACAGAAGCAGCCUGGGAACAUCAUCUUCCUCGGCAUCCAGCCUUGAGAGUGAAAGCGAGGGAAGUGAAAGAAGCGCACAAAGCGUGACUGACCUUGAGUCUAUACCCAAAAGGUGGUCAGGAUACUCCGCCCCACAGGUGGAUUUCUAUGGACCAAUGGUGGGAAACCCUCCACCGGAGCCCUACCCUCAGCCACAGGCUCCCGGUUGUGCUCAGGCGGUGGACCUUCCUGGAAUCCUGUACAGCCUCUCCAGAGAAGGCCCUUCGUUGGACAGCGACUACUCCCAGGACAGCACAGACGAUGCCAGCGACUGGACUUCUUCGCUCAUGAGCCGCAGCCGCAACCGUCAGCCCUUAGUGCUGGGCGACAACGUCUUCGCCGAUCUCGUGGGCAACUGGCUAGACCUUCCCGAAGUGGAGAGGGAAGAAUGGGAAGAAGAGGAGAGGAGGAAGAGAAGAGAGGAGAGGAUAGCAGACGGAGAGGUGGACAGGCCAGACACCCCAGCUCACCCACUCCGCCUCAGCCGCUCGCAGGAGAUCUGUAGGAAAUUCUCGUUAACCACAAACAUCUUCAAGAAGUUCCUGCGCAGCGUCCGGCCCGACAGGGACAAGCUGCUCAAGGAGAGGCCUGGCUGGAUGGCUCCGGAGCUGCAAGAGAGCGACCUCUUCAAAAGGCCAAAGAAAGUGGCACCUAAAAGUUCAAAAGGCAGCUUCUACCUGCCCUUCUGGGCAAAUGGACAGCAGGGCAAAGGCAGGCCAUGUCCUCAUUUAGCUGAAGCAGAGAGGAACCACCAACACCACUUCCCCCAGCUCCACCAGCAGCCAUUUGCUGGGAUUUAUUUAGACAGGAGACAGCCAGAGACUGGUCUUGAGAAAAUGCAGCCCUUGUUUGACUACAACACAGCUGUGUGGGUCUGACAGUGAGUCUCGGGCCAACAGACUGCCAGUGAUGCCAAACUGAGUGAGUGACAGGUGCUGGGGGGGUUUGGCUGUGCUGGAGGGGGAAUGAAUGAAUGAUUGAAUGAGAAGCUUGGAGACAGUUAUCUUCCAAAAAUGACCCAAUGAGCUUCACGCCCACAACAAGAUUAUCAGGGCAACAUUUUGUCUGACAAUCCUAAAAACCUAAACCUUGUUUGCUGUGUGUGUGUGUGUGUGUGUGUGUGUGUGUGUGUGUGUGUGUGUGUGUGUGUGUGUGUGUGUGUGUGUGUUUGUCCUGGAGAGUGUCUGAGACAGAGAGAAACAUGUUUUGAGGAUUUAUGCUGCAAGUUUUGUAUUAUUAAAAUGUGUGCAUGUUUGGUUCUCUGGAUGUCUUAAAAGACGGUACAUUAAAAUGGACAUCUUUCUCAGAAUGUCACCAUCAUUACUUUACAGAUCUUCAUGAAAUAGCCACAGACGUUUUCACUGCUAUGCUACAGGACUCUCAUAUAUCUCACUUCGUUGCAUCUAUGAAUAGAAACACCAACUGUUGGAUUGCAUGGUUACCAUUUUUAUUAGUGAUGCUGCAAACAGCUGUUACUGAACGCACUGCCACUAAAUAGUCAUGAGCUCACUUUUGUUUCCAACAGGCCUUGAAGCCCUGGACUCAGGUUUAACUGACCCCGUCCGUCUCAUUCACCUAGCUCAGGGAAUGAAUGUUACACAGGAGUAAACUAUGAGACACUGCCGCAUUGAAAUGGUUUUCAAUACAGAAAAAAAAUAGAGAAGUCCUGCCUCAUCUCAUUUUGCCUAGAAAGACGCAACAGCAAUACAGUGCAUGACUUCUUCAGAGAUUGCACAUUAAACUUUGAGAUUUGUCCAUCGUAAUCAGCAAUGUUGUGCUUGCCGUUAGAAAUGCUUGUUUUUGUUCUCUGCCAUGUAGACAUGGCACAUGUUGAGUCAAUUGUCAGUCCUCAGAGAGGAGGGGGUAAAGAUGGCAACGCCAACCCCAAGUACUGGACUGCCAUCUGGUACCUGGUCGUUAUGUAAAGCUCGUUCACCACAGCCUCAAAGAAGAUGCAAAACAGGCUUGUUUAAUCCCAAAGCUUUGAGGAUGAACUGAAUUAUGACGAAACUGUUACAUACUGUGUAAACACAGGUGAAUACAUCACAGGGCUGUAACAGUGAUAAGACAGUUGAAAGUGGAGGUACAGACCCGUAAUCUCUAUCAGACAGUAUCAAUGUACAGAACAUUGUACAUAUUUAUCAUCAACCAAACAUCACCAAUAAAGGAACUUUACUGUAAUAUCCCAUCACAUGUAUUUCAUUAUUCUGCACAGAUAAAUAUGUCACUGUAACAUUACAAUAAACAACAAGACCACACAAGUAUUUAAACCACAAACUGAUGAGUUAAUCUUACAGUAUCUAUUCUCUUGUAUCAUAAGAAACCGUUUCAGUGUUUUUCAUUUCAAGCAGCAUUAUAACAGUUAGAAAAAAACUACACAAAUUUCCUUCACAAAUUCACAUAAAUAUCAUGAUUCCCUCAGGAUUAUAGAUGACACUGCCCGCUCCAACUCAAAGUACAUUGUUUUUAUAGAGGACCACUGUUAUGCAAGGACAAUCUAAUUUUCUAACUCAUUAUUAUUAUGUAAAAGUGUUAAUAUCACUCAGUUUUAAAUGGGAUCCUAGACCAAUCAAUUUAGCCAGAAGGGAUUAGGCCUUAGGUCUUUUGAGUGUCUUGACCAGUCGAUCCAUAUGGUGUUGUCUCAGUAUUCAGGUCAAUACAUACUUCAGAGGGUCCAACACACCCAGACUGUUUCUGCUGAGAAGUUUGUGCUAUGAGGCACAGUCUGAGAUGUCAUAUCAAACAGUAUGUUUAUGUAAGUGUAACAUUUAUGUCUUCCUAUUUACAGUUGUCUAAGUGUCAUUUUCAGCACUGUUGAUAUUUUUCAUCAGGGUUCUGCGAACCUUCAGUAGUGAGCAUGUGUCAUGUGCACUGUAAAACUGUCACUGACUCUUUGUAAAUUAAAUCUGUUUUCAAGAAAUGUCA